AUGGGCAUAAGAGAAAUAGAAGUAGCUACUGGAAACAAGUUACUCAUACACGAGUUGGAAGACGUCUGUGACUCGGUAACGGGACGUGCACUCACUGGGUCAUGGAUUUGGGACGCGGCUGUAGUGUUAUCCAAUUGGAUAUCAGCUCGAGCCCACCAACUCGACUACGAUUUGAGUGACAAAACUGUCCUCGAACUCGGUGCUGGAACGGGGCUUCCUGGAUUGACGGCAGCUCGGCUUGGCGCCAGCCGAGUCGUACUGACAGAUGUAAAGCCACUAAUUCCGUUAUUGGAGAAGAAUGUGGAGGUCAAUGGACUUGGCGACCGAGUUCUGGCGUGUCAACUCGCUUGGGGAUCGGAUGAGUUACCGAGUCAGCUCAGUGAGUUAGGCCACGUCGACUUGGUGCUGUUGUCGGACGUGUUCUUCGAUGCUGCGGAAAUGGGUGGACUGGCCAAGACGCUGAAGAAAGUAUGUGGGAAGGAAACAACAGUGUGGGGAGCCACCGAGGUGAGGCCGUGGACGAGUGCAAGCUUAGGUGAGUUGGAGAGUGAAGGGUUUGGAAUCGUUGAGCUGUCGAGUCAACUCAGCGAUGGAUUGCAUGAAGAGGUGACAGGUGGCAAUCAGGAGGAGUUCUCUGUUUUCCAGCUGGUUCCACCCGGUCAAGAUUGCGAGCCUUUGGAAGCGUGGUCGCCAAUUGUCUAUUGA